AUGUACGGCGUAGGAAGAGGUUGUUCUAGACUUGGCUUGCUUAGGUACUCACUAGGUACUAGUGGCUCAACUUGUCUAUCUGCGCUGGUAUCAGGUGGCAAGGCGAGCAAGGCUAGGUCAACACGUGGCAAAAACUGUCUGUCUACCUACUAUGGAGUAUACACAAGUACAGGACGAUGCUUACAGUACGGUCAUUAUGUACUCGGCAAGCUGGGCUACAGGCAUCUAAGCUCAGCCUUCUAUGGGGAGGUAGCCGACCCAUUCCUUACGUGUACCAAUAACUGUUCUACGCGCUUGAGGCGCUCAUUCGUCUUUAAACUUGCAUUUGCCUCCAAACUGUCGCCUCAUGACAAUUGUUCAUCCUAG